AAAAAAAUAAUAGCUUUCGUCCAAUUUACUUUAAUGAAUACAAAUAAUAGAUUAGCAGUGCGAUUACCACCAGAAGUAAACAGAGUUUUAUUUGUGAGAAAUCUACCAUUUAAAAUCACAACAGAAGAAAUGUAUGAAGUAUUUGGAAAAUAUGGUCCUAUUCGACAGAUUAGAGUUGGUAAUGCGACAGACACGAGAGGCACAGCAUUUGUAGUGUAUGAGGAUAUUUUUGAUGCCAAAAAUGCAUGCGAACAUUUACAAGGUUUCAACAUUCUUGGCCGUUAUCUUAUUGUUCUUUACUAUCAACAAAAUAAAGUGACAAAGAAGAUGAAUCUGCAAAAGAAGGAAGAAGAGAUCAAGGAAAUGAAGGCACGUUAUGGAGUGGAUGAUUAAUAAAAAUAAGACACAUCAUGUAUAUGAAUAAAUAACUAUUUCCCCUUUCUGUA